ACGAACUUUCUGCCAAAAUAAACAUAUGGUAAACAUGCUUUAUGGCUGUAAACAUAUGUUGUUUCCUAAUUAGUCUAUUAAUUUUGUGACUUUUUUUCCUUAGUUCAACUCAAUUUAACACUUUGACCCUUUUCAUUAUGACCCAUGUGAAUCUUAACGACGGCAGAUACACUGCCACUCUUUUUAAAUCACAUAUUGAAAACAACGAUACUAGUGAAUGCGAUGACGAUGAACAAUGGACUAUUGAAAUAUUUGAAAGAGAUUUGGAUAUAACCAUCGUUAAAAAUGAUGAAAAUCUUAUGGAAAUUGAAUUUUUAAAUAUUGAUGCUCCUAUAGUGAACGCAUUUAGACGUAUCAUUAUGUCUGAAAUUCCCACAAUGGCUAUUGAAAAGGUUUUCAUUGGAGAAAAUACAACCAUUUUCCAAGAUGACUUUUUGGCCCACAGAUUAGGCCUGAUUCCAAUUAAAGCGGAUCCUCGAUUAUUUGAAUAUCGUGAUGAAAAUGAUAUGGAAGGUACUCCUCAAGACACUAUCGAAUUGUCUUUAAAGAUUAAGUGUGUCAAAAAUCCAGAAGCAUCUAAAGAAACCGGCGUUACUGAUUUAUAUCUGAACAGAAAUGUUUACUCUAAAAGUAUCAAAUGGGUGCCUUUAGGAAAUCAAUCCUCUUUCAUAAAGGAGACUAUUAAACCUGUUAACGAUGAUAUUCUAAUUGCAAAAAUAUCCCCAGGACAAGCAUUGGAUUUAAAGCUACAUUGUGUUAAGGGAAUCGGACGAGAUCACGCCAAAUUCUCACCUGUUGCUACAGUUUAUUAUAGAUUACAUCCGGCAAUUGAAAUAACAAGACCAAUCCAUGGAGAAGAUGCUAAAUUACUUCAGUCUUGUUUCUCUAAAGGAGUCAUUGAAGUUAAAAAAGAUAGAUCUGGUAAAGAAACCGCUGUUGUCGCCAAUGCGCGCGAUGAUUCAUUGAGCAGAAAUUAUUAUAUGUACAAAAAAUUUGAAGAUGCAAUCAAGAUGGGCUUAAAGAAAAACCAUUUCAUUUUCUACAUCGAAUCGACUGGCAUACUAUCAUCUGAAUCAAUAUUCAAUGAAUCUGUUGAAAUCCUGAUAAGCAAGUGCAGAAACUUGUUGAGAGAAGUACAAGAAUUGAAAGAAUCUUGAAAGAUGGCUAAAAACUUCCCGCUGUGUUGCAAAUCCAGAUGUAAAUUAUUUUGUCAUGAAAAAUAUCUUUAUGGAUUAAAAAUAAUAAUAAAUUAUGUAAAAAUAAUAAAGUUACACUAAACGAAUUUUUCCAGCUUA